AUGGUUCGCGUGUCUGUCUUGAACGACUGCUUGAACAACAUCGUCAAUGCGGAGCGUCGUGGCAAGCGCCAGGUCCUCAUCAGACCCUCCUCAAAAGUCAUUGUCAAAUUCCUCAGUGUGAUGCAGCGCCAUGGCUACAUCGGCGAAUUUGAAAUCGUCGACGACCACCGCUCAGGGAAGAUUGUCAUUCAGCUGAAUGGCCGCUUGAACAAAACAGGUGUCAUCUCCCCCCGAUACAAUGUUCAGGUCUCGCAAAUUGAGACGUGGGUCAACUUGUUGCUUCCUGCUCGUGGUUUUGGUAUCAUUAUUCUAACCACUUCUUCUGGAAUCCUCGACCAUGAGGAGGCGCGCCGGAAAAAUGUAGGUGGCAAGCUAUUGGGCUACGUGUACUAG